CACAGCUGGCUCUUAAGUCUUACCUGCCAUGUCACCCCCUAAACCGUAUAUAAACCAACUCAAAUCUCUGACUUUCCCUUCAACUUCAAAAUCUUCUAAACCUUCAAAAACUCAGUUUCCAUACAUGAACUACGCCUUCUCCACUACCACCCUCACCUCCGAUCAAGAACUCUCAGUCAUCGUCGCUGCCCUAACCAACGUAGUCUCCGGUUCCACCUCCACCGUCGGCUUAGAUCGAAUAGUUCAACCGGUGAACAUAGAAACCUGUCGGGAAUGCAACAUAGCAGGAUGUUUAGGAUGCAAUUUCUUCCCUGAAGAGAAAAAACAAAAACAAAAACAAAAACAAAAGAGAGCUAAGAAUAAUAAGUACAGAGGAGUGAGGCAGAGACCAUGGGGAAAAUGGGCUGCUGAGAUUCGUGACCCGAGACGUGCGGUUCGUGUUUGGCUUGGAACCUUUACCACGGCGGAGGAAGCUGCUAGAGCUUACGACAAUGCCGCUAUCGAGUUCCGCGGGCCGAGAGCCAAGCUUAAUUUUCCACUUGUUGAUGAAUCUCUUAAGCGUACUGUUGAGGAUCCAGAAUUGGUUGUUCAUGUAAAGGAUGAAGAAAUGCAAAUUGAGACAACGAUGGGAUUUGGGAAUAAUACGACUGAAUGUGAUUUUUGGGAUAGUAUUGGGGAAGAAGCUGAUUUUCAACAACUUAUGAGGUUUAUGGAUUCUUCUCAUUCUAGAACAGGAAACACUUUUAAUUAGUUCCUCAAUUCAACAACAACAGAACAGUUAUUAGUUGUAGAAUUAGUUUAAGCGUAUUCAUUAGCUUUGCUGUGCAAUAUUGUGCAUUAAUGUUUGAUUUUGUAGAGGAAUCUGCUCUUUUUUUGGCGAAGAAAAUGACAUUUUCAGACUUAACAAAGUUAUUAUCAAUGAUAGAGUUAGCAUAAAUUUUACAA